AUGGCUCGCUUCUACUACGAAUGUAACACAGAUUUAAAAAAUUAUACCGAAGACAGUGAAACUAUCAAGCCUUACGCUUGUACAUCCGACAAAUAUUGUUUGUAUUGUUGUUGUAAUUCGCAGUGUUGUUUAUUGGUACAAAGACGGCCUCCACGACAUUUUUGGGAAGCCUGGUACUUUUGGCUAGGCAUUGCUUUACUCGCUGUUUUUAUCGUAUCUUCGGUGAGCAGUUACAUAGUGAGUAAUUGCAGACAUAAUAUUCAAGGUGUACCACUAAGACAUAGCGCACAUGGGAAUCGACGAAACGAUCGAAACGGCGGUCAUUCGACAAACAACCAAAAUGAAAUAUCGAUAAGCAUAAUAACUCCAACCUCGGAAUUUUUCCCGUCGCACAGAAAAAUGUUCGUGAUCACCUCUCAACCAGCCGUGAAUCAUCUGACCCCUGUCGUUGCGUGAAGUCGUUUCAUUUUAACGGAGCGAUUAUGUCGGCGAGAAGGAUCCAGCGCAAAGAGCUGGAAUCACAUCAUCCUAUGGCGCUUUACGCGGUAAUACUUCUUGAAAGACACCGCGUGUUUCAUCGGCCUGUGGUUUGAUCGGCUAGAACGUCAUCAUGGCCUCGUCGUUACAUCGCGGGAAAUAUUUACGAUAAAUGCAUCUUUUUUACUUAGCCCCAGGAUAUAAUAACUAUAAGCGGUUUAAACAGCUACCGAUCACGACACCGACCAUUCUGGCCAAAUGAGAAACGAUUUUACCUAAGAGCAUACGCCUCGUAAUGAUCAAUUUGACAGCGAAGCUAGUUAGAUCGCGAUCCAAUCCCUACUUUCGUUCUUAACUCGCCACACGCGAUGCGAUCUUAUUAUAUAUCAUGAAAACUUCCGGUCGGCCUGUUACGAUUAAGCGAUUUACCGUUUCAAUGGGGGUGAAAAAAGAGAAAGAGUUUGAAAAUAUCGCAGGAAUAAUAUAGGAUCGGAAACCGAUACCGUGAAUACAAUUUCUAUCGAUCGAUAUUUAAUCGUUUCCAGAAUUACAAAUCAUCGGACCUCUGUAUUCGAUUGGAUCAAUCGCUUCUAUAUUUUAUAUCGGAGUAAUUUAGAUUUUUUUUUUUUAAAUCCUGAUUCCGUUUGGCUGGGCGGAGCGCAACCCGAUCGAAACUCGUUCUCGAGAAUGGAAGUAACUACCAUUAACAAUUAAGAAGACACACUCG